AUGGGCAACUCCCAGAGCUCGUCUAAUGUCAAUGAGCCCGCGGUCGAGAAGAUCCUCGUGCAACAACUCCAAUCACUCCGCACACGCGAUAAGCUCUCUCAGGUCGAAGCCGAUCACGACUAUAUUCAAAUCACGGCCGAGAAGGGCAUCCCGCACUCGUACACGACCGAUCCUUCCCUCGACGUCAAAGCCACGUUAGAAUGGGAGAGGGAACUGCUCUCCUCGCCGAAGAACCGCCUCGCAUUGAACGCCCUGCUCUCCAACGACAUCCGCUCCGUGAUCAGCAACAAAGUCGCAACUCUUUCUGACACACAAACGUUCAAUGUCAAGAUCCCUUUCGAGGGGUCGCCCGUGACAAACCAGCGAUCCUCGGGACGAUGUUGGCUGUUCGCCACGACAAACGUGUUGCGAGUACCCAUCAUGAAGAAACACAACUUGAAAGAGUUUGAAUUGAGCCAGUCGUAUUUGUUCUUCUGGGACAAGAUGGAGAAGGCCAAUUGGUUCCUGGAACAGAUGAUAGAUACAGCUGACAAGGACCUGGGAGAUCGAGAGGUGCAGGAGUUGUUGGGGGCGCCUGUUAAUGAUGGUGGCCAGUGGGAUAUGGCGAGUAACUUGGUGGAGAAGUAUGGACUGGUUCCGCAGAAGCUGUACCCCGACAGCUACAACGCCAUGAACUCCUCGGCCAUGGGGUCGAUUCUGACGACGAAACUGCGCGAAGACGGCCUUGCUCUCCGUGCUCUUGUCCACAAUGGAGUCUCGUCCAAUACCCGACGGUCAUCCUCGUUGUUGCUAGCAAAAGCAAAGAUGAUGCGUGAAAUCCACUGCAUCCUGACGCUCAUGCUCGGGCCACCUCCCAAACCCGAUGAGAAAUUCACCUGGGAGUUCUACGACAAGGACGAAAAGUACCAUAAAUUCGCCAUGACGCCGCUCGAACUGGCCAAGUCUCUGUCCACUCCGAGCGUGGUCCGAAGCUUGGGUGGCGCCGACGUCUCUCGCAUGUUCAGCCUGGUCAACGACCCUCGAAACAAGUACAUGUCCCAUCUCACCGUUUCCCGCCUAGGCAACGUCGUUGGAGGACGCCCGAUCACCUACGUCAACGUUGACAUGGCCACGAUGAAGAGAGCCGCGGUCGCCAUGCUCCGCGCCGGCAUCCCCGUCUUCUUUGGCAGCGACGUGGGCAAGUUCUCCAAUUCUCAGAGCGGCAUCAUGGACCCAGAACUGUACGACUACGGCCUGGCCUUCAACAUCUCGCUCAACCUGUCCAAGUCUCAGCGCCUCAAGGUCCGCGAGUCCGCCAUGACGCACGCCAUGGUCUUGACGGGCGUCCAGAUGGAAGAUGACGGCAAGGGGCGCGAGAAGAGCGUGAGAUGGCGCGUCAUGAAUUCCUGGGGCGAAAGCGCCGGCGACAAAGGAUACUUUGUCAUGACCGACAAAUGGAUGGACGAGUUCGUGUACCAGGUCGUGGUCGAACCGGGAUUCGUCGCCAAGGAGGUUCGCGACGUGUUGAAAGCCGAGCCGACCGUGCUGCCCUUGUGGGAUCCUAUGGGAGCGUUGGCGUGA